AUGAUCCGCCCAGGCUCAAAGGAGUCACAAAAUUAUGAUAUCAAUAAUCAAAGAGUUCAUCCUCAACCAAUUGAUGAGAACAUGAAUCAGAACGGGGACCCAAUGGACACUAUGAUCGGGAGGAUAUUCAACAACAUAUCCUCUUUAAAAUCUGCAUACAUUCAGCUGCAGGAAGCCUACACCCCAUAUGACCCUGACAAGAUCCAGGAAGCUGAUAAGCUUGUCAUAGAGGAGCUUACAAAACUUUCAGAACUCAAGCAUGCUUACAGAGAAAAACAUCCUAAGCCAAUAGCUGCAUCCCCUCAAGAUUCACGCUUGCUUUCUGAAAUACAAGAGCAGCAGAAUUUGUUGAAGACCUAUGAGGUCAUGGUAAAGAAGUUCCAGUCCCAGAUCCAGACUAGAGAUACUGAGAUAACCCAUUUACAGCAGCAAAUUGAUGAAGCUAAAUUUCGGAAAUCGAAGCUAGAGAAGAAACUGAAACAAAGGGGCCUACUUAACAAGGAAUCAGAGGAAUCAGACGAAGAAGAGAACUACUUCUCCAUUGAAUUGACACCUAGUUUGUUUACAUCUGCUGUCGAUAACGCAUACCAGUCGAUACAUGACUUUUCAAAGCCUUUGAUCAACAUGAUGAAGGCUGCAUGUUGGGAUCUUGAUGGGGCUGCUAAUGCGAUUGAACCUGGUGUAGUUUAUACAAGAAGGGCUCACAAGAAGUUUGCUUUUGAGUCCUAUAUUUGCCAAAGAAUGUUUAGUGGGUUCCAAGAAGAGAGCUUUUCUAUAAAGGAUUCUAACAUCAGUGUUUUCAACGUGGCUUUCUUCCAUCAAUUCCUCGCAGUGCGAGGCAUGGAUCCUCUGGAUGUCCUGAGCCAGAACCCUGAUUCAGUAUUUGGAAAGUUCUGCAGAAGCAAAUACCUAUUGCUUGUGCAUCCAAAGAUGGAAGGUUCUUUCUUCGGCAACAUGGAUCAGAGGAACUACGUCAUGAGCGGUGGCCAUCCAAGGACACCUUUCUACCAGGCAUUCCUAAAGCUAGCCAAGUCCAUAUGGUUGCUGCACAGGUUGGCGUACUCCUUCGAUCCAAAGGCAAAGGUAUUUCAAGUGCAAAAGGGAAGUGAAUUUUCGGAAAUCCACAUGGAGAGCGUAGUGAAGAACAUCAUCAUAGAAGAGGGUGCGGAGAGGCCGAAAGUUGGCCUGAUGGUGGUGCCUGGUUUCCUGAUUGGGAGCAGCGUCAUACAGUCCCGUGUGUACCUUUCGGAUGCCAAGUCUGCUGACUGA